AAUUAUGUUGACAGCAUAGAUCACGAAACAUGUCAAUCUGAAAAACUAAAUAACUUUGAAAUAAUAAAAUGGAAUUACAUCAAUUAAACGUAGCUUUAGGUGCCCUUCAAGUAUUACGAUCGAACGUAAGCCAAGUAUUCGAAUCUUUAGGUAAUGGAUUACGUUCUGAUCAUGGAGAAGACUUAAAAGAAAGUAAAUUUAUAAUCGAAUUACAAGAUUUAUUAUCGACAGUUAACGUAAACUUAAGAGAUGUCGAACAAGCUGUUUCAAAUUUACAAUCACCUCCAGGAGCGUUUAGUUUAGGCAACACAACAUACUUAAGUCAGGAGACAACACAAGAACGCCAAGCGUUAUACAGUCAACUAGUGAAUAGUUAUAAAUGGACUGAUAAAAUUCAUGAUUACAGUAACUUAGCUGUCUCAUUACUCAGUCAAAAUUCAUUAAAACGUUCCUACACAAGUUCUGGUAGUGCAAAACGACGUCGAACACAAACGAGUAGUCAUAAUGUUUUACCAGAGGCUGUUGAUAAUUUAAUCGUCAGUAUUGAUCGAUUGUAUAGUGAUAUGAGUAUCACUCCUUCAAGACCAUUUACAACAAAUGCAAUUUUACAGAUAACGUUAGGUCGUGUUUUGAAAGCAGUCAUUUCCCUAAAAGGUCUAAUGAUCGAAUGGGUAUUUGUAAAAGGAUUUAAUGAAAUAUUAGAUUUAUGGACAGAAUCCAGACAUCGAGUAUUUCGAAAAGUCACCGAAAAUGCACAUGCAGCAAUGUUACAUUUUUAUUCACCCACAUUACCUGAAUUAGCUGUUAAAUCAUUUAUGACUUGGUUACACAGCUAUAUAAAUUUAUUUAAUGAGCCAUGUAAACGUUGUGGAAGUCAUAUACAUGCAAAUUUACCACCAACAUGGCGUGAUUUUCGUACUUUAGAAGCAUUUCAUGAAGAAUGUAAACAUUAAUAAUAAACCCUUAUAAUUUUAA